GAAGGUGCCCCGCCGCAGCCGGUCGCCCCCCCUCCCCCUCGUCAUCUAUAAAUAAUCGCCGUUACGCCGGAAAUACCGCGGGGCGAUCGCGAAAGGCGGCGUGAAACCGACCCGGCGAGACGAUGCGCACGCGAUCCGCCGUACAGGAAAUCGAUCGUAAGCAGAAUACGGAAGUAGCGAGCACCGGCGAGUUCCCACCCGAAUACUUAAUCAAGCAUCCGCUGCAAAACACGUGGACUUUAUGGUAUUACGAGCCCGACAGGAAUAAAUCAUGGGAGGAGAGCCAGCGGGAGAUAACGAGCUUCGAUACAGCUGAGGAUUUCUGGAGCUUAUACAACCACAUAAAGACAGCCUCCGAGUUAAGGCAAGGUUGUGACUAUAGCAUGUUUAAGCAAGGAAUUCGGCCUAUGUGGGAGGACGAUCAGAACAAGGAUGGCGGACGAUGGCUAAUAAAUCUAGACAAGAAGCAAAGGGCUACGGAUCUAGAUAAUUUUUGGUUAGAAAUUCUGCUCUGUAUGAUCGGGGAAGCCUUCAACGAGUUUUCCGACGACGUUUGCGGAGCUGUUGUAAAUGUCAGGCCAAAAGGAGACAAACUCGGUGUCUGGACAUCGAAUGCGGAUUGCGCGGAUAGUGUUAUGGAAAUUGGCCGAAAACUGAAGGAAAGAUUAAGGAUUACGUCUAAAACGACCAUGGGAUACCAGGUACAUAAAGAUACCGCGGCCAAAGCUGGCAGUCAAACAAAAAAUACUUAUACACUUUAAAUUUCGCUAAAUUUAUGAUAUCACCCCCUGAGUUCAUUAAAAUAUGUUGAUUCAAAAGUCACCGGAUUAGAUAUUGAUAUAAUUGUGUGGAACUAUUAUCUUUGCAUUAUGUUGAAGGAAAGAAAUUUAAUAAAAUUUUCAUUUUCGAAAGCACGUUACGUCGUCGUUGUAGUUAUGUUUCCGUAAUAACGACAGAGACUAAAUGAAAAUCAAUAAAUCAUAUAUUAAAGCGAAAUAGAUAAGCAUAUUAUUAAUAUAGAAAUUUAGUUUUUAAGGAAUAUAGCGUAUAUAGUUAACAGAUAUAAUUUAAGAGAGAUACGCGCGGGCUGCUGUAUUUUUUGUGGCUGAUAACACUGUAUGGCUAGGACAAAUUUAUAUGUUUCGAUAUAAUUUGUGCAACCUCUCGUUUUUCAACAGAAUAAAUCCUUGUAACCUCUUGUAAUAUUUCUGUACAGUAGUAAGGCACACAUGCAAUUAUACUCGAGAUUUUCUUAUAAA